UUGGUUAGCUGGAUGCUAGCACAUGCUGUCUACUGUUACCGGGGCUGCAGCAGUGAUGGCUCUCCCAUAAAGCGGGGGAGCGGGUCUGUGUUUUCCGACCAAACGCCGAGAGAAGUGCCGUGACCAUGGCUGGAGUUUUCGACAUCGAUUUGGAUCAACCGGAUGAGAAUGUCUCUGACGACGAACUGGAGGAAGGGGGCCAGCUCAGUGAAUACAUGGACCAAUGCAGUGGCUUUGAAUUUAACAUGGACGACUGUGAGAAGUUUGAAAUAUCAGAAAACAGCGUAAAUAAGGGAACAGAGCAGAUCAGGCCCGAAUGCUUUGAGCUGCUCAAAGUUUUGGGGAAAGGUGGCUAUGGAAAGGUGUUUCAAGUUCGGAAAGUGUCAGGUGCCAACUCUGGGAAGAUAUUUGCCAUGAAAGUUUUAAAGAAGGCCAUGAUUGUGCGUAAUGCAAAAGACACAGCACACACCAAAGCUGAGAGAAACAUUCUGGAGGAGGUGAAGCAUCCCUUCAUUGUGGACCUAAUCUAUGCCUUCCAAACUGGGGGAAAAUUGUACCUCAUCCUGGAGUAUCUGAGCGGUGGGGAGCUUUUCAUGCAGCUGGAAAGAGAGGGCAUUUUCAUGGAGGACACAGCAUGUUUCUACCUGGCUGAGAUCUCAAUGGCACUGGGACACCUGCACCAGAAAGGCAUCAUCUACCGAGAUCUGAAGCCUGAGAACAUCAUGCUCAACAACCACGGGCAUGUGAAGCUGACAGACUUUGGUCUGUGCAAGGAGUCCAUCCAUGACGGGACGGUCACCCACACCUUCUGUGGGACUAUCGAAUACAUGGCUCCUGAGAUCCUGAUGAGGAGUGGGCAUAACCGAGCAGUGGAUUGGUGGAGCUUAGGGGCUCUAAUGUAUGACAUGCUGACGGGAGCGCCUCCAUUCACUGGUGAAAACAGGAAGAAGACGAUUGAUAAAAUCUUGAAAUGCAAACUCAGCCUUCCACCUUACCUCACACAAGAAGCCAGGGACCUCCUGAAAAAGCUGCUGAAACGAAAUGCCUCACUGCGACUCGGAGCUGGGCCAGGAGAUGCUGCAGAGGUCCAGGUCCACCCAUUCUUUCGACAUAUAAACUGGGACGACCUCCUCGCCCGGAAAGUUGAGCCUCCAUUCAAACCUUUCCUGCAAUCAGCUGAUGAUGCCAGCCAGUUUGACUCCAAGUUCACCAGCCAGACUCCCGUGGACAGUCCUGAUGACUCAACCCUCAGCGAGAGUGCCAAUCAGGUCUUCCUGGGUUUCACAUAUGUAGCCCCAUCUGUGCUGGAAAAUGUCAAAGAGAAGUUCUCGUUUGAGCCAAAGGUCCGCUCACCACGGAAGUUCCCUGGAAGUCCAAGAACACCUGUGAGUCCAGUGAAGUUUGUAGGAGGGGACUGUUGGCCCCGGGGUCCCACGCUGACUGGCUGCCCCUCCCUUCUAUCCCCCAGUAACUCUUUAGACCAGCCCAUGGAGGUCUCAACGGUGGAGCAAAUGGACACAAGCAGCAGCAGUAACUGUGAGGCCUCUGCUCCUCUCCCAAUCCGACACCCUUCAGGCAUCAAUGCAGGGCCAUACAAAAAGCAGGUCUACCCCCUGAACUCCAAGAGACCCGAACACCUACGGAUGAACCUAUGACGCUCGGCUUGCUUGUGAACACUAGGACUCUUCUAAUUCUUCUUCCUCUUCCUCUUUUAUUGGUUUAAAGAGGCUUGUAGAAUCUUUUUAAAUUGACUGACUGACACUGUCAAUGCUGAUCACCAGCUCUUCCAGCAGCGCCUUUCCGUCUCUCGGCCUCUUAAAGUCCUCCUGACUCAGCCUGGUCUCCACAGCCUGAUGCAGAUAAUAAGCAGGUUCUCCAGUGAGAGCAAAUAUGGAGGAGAAGGUGCUCCUCAAUGAAAGUUGGCUUGGUAAUGCUAGCUGAAGUAGUUCUGGUGUAUUUAGCUGGCUUUAUUAUAUGAUUGACUGGUGCUCUUUUAUCUUGACAAUGUUACUUUUAGUUUUAAAAAGCAAUGCCUCCAUCACCAUCACAGUGAGAUAUAUCAUAACGGGGGUAAUUAUUUAUUUCUCAAUAGGCCAGUUUUUUUCUCUUUAAUGAUCAUGUUAAGAUAAACCAUGCGGAUCACUCCGUUAGUAAGCAGGACGCUCUAUGACAGUAUUUCACCUGAGGAGCUCUGUGCACGCUUUGAUGAAUCCAUUAGGGUUCAAAGUUGGGUUUAAUUUUUGGUUUUAGGAGAAUCAAUGAAAGCCAAACUCAACAUAUAAGUAAUCCUUUUAGAUGAAAACAUCCUUUUUUUGGGUAAGAACAGUUGAUGCUUAAAACUAACAACAAUGCAACCGUUUCAGAAAAUGAAUUGGUUGCAGUUUGGUCAGGUUAAGUAGGGAUGUUCCUAGAUUGGUAGUUUCCUUGUUGGUGAAAUGGAAAGAGAGAUCUCAAAUGAGUAAGCUUACAUUACUUAAUGCUUUAAAUUUGUCAUGAAUAUGAAGUGAUAUUUUUUAAUCAGGAUGAAAGUUUUGCAGAAACACCAGAAAGAGCUUAGCAAUUCUUGAAGUGACUUAAUUCACUAAACAACUGUCCUGGAAACAACUUCAGAAUAAGAGCGUUAAGUGAAAUGCGGAUAGCUCAAUGUGGGCUUUGAAAAAAUCAAGCUUUUACUUUGAAAAGUACACCAGAGGAAGUAUUGGUCCUACAUUUCAGGCCUGGGAUGCAUUGACAGACAUAGCAUGAUGCUCAUUGAGUGCCAUCUUUGCAUUUUGGGCUCACAAAACUCUGAACUCUGGGUAACUUGUAGAAGAGAUGGGAAAGCAGACCCCUUAACCAAGGCUCUAGCAAACAUAUAACAGUUAACCCAAACACACAGCCAAAAAACAAAGAGAGAAUUUGUUUGGCUGAAACUUAAUUCUGGUGUCAACUUGCAAAGAUGAGGAUGUUUAGUUGUUUAUUUGUCUAAAAUCUAGUGAAGAAAAACAUGAUCUGUGUAAAAAGAACAACUUAAAGGUCCACCAUAUUGAUAGAGACUCCUGUCAGAGUAGUUUUGGUCUUUGGACAGAAUUAAGUGCAUUGUAAUGUCAGUAAAUACUGCAUUUUUCUCUAUAAAUUAAUGUGCGUUUAAUAUCACAAUUCCCCACAGUAAGAGUUUAUUGAAAAUAUGCAGGAAAUGCUUGCCCUUUCUCCGUCAGUCAUGCUUUAUAGAGAGUUUCAGGGCACAACAAUAAACUCACAAUCAACUCUGCUAACAUUACAAUUAGCCCAGGGGCCCCCUGUAGGUUUGAUCUUUGGGUGGAUGCAGGUUUUAGGUUCAUCAGAAACCUUUAAAGGGAAGGUUUUGCUGGCUUAUCGCAAUGGCAAUGAGACGGCAAGAUGCAAGUUGUGUAAAACGUCCAUAAAAGAAAGGCAGUGUUGCAGCACCAAAAGUAAACCUCAGGGUGAAAUACUGUGUUCAGGGGGUCCUGCUAGUUUGCAGCAUUAUUGGAUGAUAAUUCCUCAGUAGUCCUUUAUGUUUGAAGAAAACAAUCACAUUGCAUUUUUUACUAGAGAAGUUAGAGCACGACUUCUGGAAAAGCAGCUAUAAAAAGAAGAAAUGAAAUUUUAGCUGAACACAUAUCACUUCCACCAUAAUCGAUACCAAAUGACUGGGAUGCUUUCUGUAGGAGGCCUUUGUUUCAGAAGCACCGUUUAGUUCCUUUGUGUUGAAUGUAAACAGACUCUAGAUGCCUUUUUUUUAGUAUGUCACUUAAAUCUCCUGAAGCCCCCCAAGCUGACAGAAAGAUAUGAUACCUGCAAAGCCCCCGCAUUUGUGAUACAGAUGUAUAAAUUACCUGUUCGGAUGUGCAUGAGACACAAUGGGCUUUAUCGAGGUCCGCUGAAAAGUCAUCUGUAGCAGUAUCAGAUACCCAGCAGCUCCUCUGACUGAUGUAUCAGAAAAAUAGAUCUAGUCAGCUCAAGCGUGUGGAUGGUUGUUAUAAUGCAGGACUUUGACCUUGGAGACAGAGGGUGAGAGCUCACUUGAAACAGAAAGGCAAAGUUGAAAUAUUGUUGUUUACGGACUGCUAUCUGCUUCCUAAACUAACCGCAUUUUUUGUAAACCUAAGGGUGCAGGGUGUUCAUGUGAGAAACAUAUUAGAAAGAACACUGUAGCAAAAGCCUGAAGAAUGUAUGUAUAUGUAACUAUAUGCAUAAAGACUAUAUACAGAUGGACAACACAACUCAACAUCCUCUGGUUAUGAAAAGAUGAAGCCAAAAUAUCCCCCAAAAGAGUUCUGACAUCAUUUAACGUAAAAUCCAUAGCACCUGUGUCGCUAUUUUAGUAUCAUCUGUGCUUUUACUGUAUGGAGUUGGACUGACAGAGGAGUCACUUCAGGGAGCUAAUUGAUCUGGAGCAGUGAUUAUAUCUGCGUUAAGAGUAGCCUUUGUUGUUAAAGGUUAUGACUGGACUAAAGUCACAUUUGGUAUGAACAGCUCCAGCUGUGCACUGGUGCUGUCUGUUAGAUAUCCCAGCACAUUCUGAGCAAUGAAGCUGUUGUUUGCAAUACACAAUGAAUCUGGUGAAUUUUCAACCAUGUUAAGUCUCACGCAGCACAUGAAAAAUAGUUAUUAAAAGUUUGGGUUAUACGCCUGCAUAAUUUAAGGAAACUAUCAUAAUAUCAGGAAUACACCAUAAUAUCAGGAAUACACCAGUAUUUUAGACUCUUAGACUCUUAGAGGGUUUUCAAUCAAACAAACCAGCACUAUGCAAGGUUUAUUUACGCAAUAGUAACCUCCCUUUUUCUUUAAAUGCAAGAUUAUCACCUGACGAUGAGGAAAAGAUGUUAAAAAUGCCCUUUGCCUGGUAUGCGUUGCUCUUCAUUCCAGCAUGUUUGAGUGGUGAAGCAGCUGCUUGCAUAAACAUUGAGUGGGGUCAACUUUUCAGUCGCCCCUAGGUUAAGGACACUGGUUAGCAGGUGCACUUACAAUCAUGACAGCAUGUGUGUCAGGAUUAUAUCCUAAAAAUUGGUUGUAUAAGUGUGUAUGACAGACAGCUUUACAGAAGGAAAAAACACAACAAAACUGAACAAAAGAGAAGUUUAUUUGGUGUGUAGUUUAAUUUUAAAAUUGAUCCAUGUCCCUUAUAUUAACAUGGAGGAAGUGGAGCUUAUGAUUUGCACGGUGGGGGGACUCUAGAUCUUUUGGCUUCACUUGAGGCAGGGUGUUGUGUUGUCCAUUCUUUUUACCAUCUAUGAUGUGACAAAUUGUCUGGAUUAGACUAUAUAGGAUGUUUGAGGUGUGAAAAACCGCUGCAGUGUUUUUUUUCCAUCAGCUCUGUCUCCACUGUCACUGUCACCCUAACUCAUAUCAUGUCUUGUGUGUUUGAGAGCUUCACGGUAUCAGCAGUAUUGUAUUAACCCCAGCCUAAAUGAGUGGACCACCGACUUUAUACUGUUUAAUGAGAGACGUGUGUGUUAUGAAGCUGCUUUAUGAGCCUCUGGAGUCGAGCCAUUAAAACCCUGAAACGGACCACAAUGAUGGAUGCAGAUUCCCAUGAUGCUGACUGAAUGAAUGAUAGGUAGCUUCGUUAUAAAACCACUGUUUGAAAUGAACUAAAUUAUUUUUCUGGUUGAAAAACAACCGCUCAACAAGAUAGUUUGUCAUCUUUUAUUAAACUGAUUCAGUUUUCCACAUUAAUGCUCUUAGAGGCUUUAAAAGUUUUCUUUAUUUUUUUCCUUUUGAAAUCUAAUGAGCUGCUGAUUGAUUUAUUUUUCUUCCAUUCCUGUACAUUAACUGUAUUUUAAGACCAGUCACUCCAAUUCUUUCCUUUAAGUUGUUACUGUAUUUAUUUGAAGUGCCAUUUUGUUUCCACAGCAUUGUUCUCACUAUGCAAUCUUUGUAUUUAUUUUGUAGUAUUAUAUAGACGAGGCUGCAGAAGGUGGGAUGAUUUUUUUCAUAAUUAGCAUGUACAGUAUGAUUUUAUCUCAGUUGAACAUGUCUUAAAGAAACCUCAGAUGCAUCUUUUUUUCCUCAUACCAAAACUGAUGACGGUUACCUUUUAAAGUCUUACAGUAUUUAUUAUGUUGCUUAGUAUCAGAUUCACAUGGGGUUUGCAGAAACAUUUGAUAUCUUUGACUUUCUUUGCAUAAGACUUGAACUCCAGUUUGUGUGUUUGCAGUGCUUAAAGCAAGGGAGCUGUUUUUAUAGAAAAACAGAUACAAAAACUAGUGAGGAUGGCAUUGUGCCUUUACUGACGGUGAUAUGAUCCAAUAAGGAUCAUUGCUGUUACUCUGUUAAGUCUGAAAGAGGUCAGAAGGUUUGAAUAGAUUCAUUUAGCUUCUGUUGAAGGACGCUUGAGGAGUUUUCUCCACGCUGUGCUCACUUCUGAUAGGUCAAAUAUCAUCUCUGAAUUGUUUCAAUCUCUGGUGGGCAUUGAAUAGCAUCGUUUUUGUUGCUGUAAACCCGCCUCUUCAGAUGAAGAAUGCUUAAAAUGUAUCAUGUACAUAAUGAGGUCACAAUAAAAACAUGAGGAUCUUGUUUUCAAGCUGA